UUUGACUUUUCUCCCUCCGUCCUCUAUCUCGCCAUUUAUCCGCUCCCCCCUCUCCUCUCCUCUCCUCGUGCUCGCCACGCCGAUCCCUCCCGAGAUUAGGAGGGACAGGAGCCCGAGAUUCGGAUUUAGGAUUUGGAUUCUGGUGCGGGAGUCGAAGACGCCACGCGCUGGAGUCGCGGCCGAAUUGCUUAGGUGAGCACGCCAUGAUGGCGAACGGGAGGCUCCAAAAGCAGGCGUUGCUGCCGCCGCGGAGCCCAUUCCCUGCAGCUGCUGCUGCGGCGACGCCGGCGCCGCACGCCGAGCUCGGCCCGAUCGCGCGGCCGCGGGACGCGCACCACCGCCACGGCCACCAGCGCACGUCGUCGGAGAGCUUCCUCGCCGACGAGCAGCCGUCGUGGCUCGACGACCUGCUGGACGAGCCCGAGUCGCCGGCGCGGGCGCAUGGCCGGCCCGGCCACCGCAGGUCGUCCAGCGACUCGUUCGCGCUCUUCGAAGGCGGCGGCGGCGCCGCGGCGGGCAUGUACGACAUUGCGCUCGAUGGCAUGAGGGGAGGCGGCGGAGGGCAGUUGGCUUCUUGGGCUGGCGCGCCCGAGUUCUUCCCGGAGCCCACCUCGUUUGGGCGACCUCAGGGCAGGCCGUGGGAGUCCAGGCAGAUGUACCGGCAGGGUGGUGGCAUGCCGAUGCCAGGGAGAGAGAAGAACGGAGGACGCCAUGGUCCGUCCAGCUCAUUUGGUGAUCUUGAGCAUGGUCAUGUGCCGAAUGGGGUGGACAGGAAAGGCCAUGGUGAUGCAGCUCAUGACCAGAGGAUUGGAGCAGAGAGGAAGGAGGGCCUGAGGCACUCGCAGUCGGAGGCGGACACCAAGCGAGCCAAACAACAAUAUGCUCAGAGAUCUCGUGUCCGGAAGCUCCAGUAUAUUGCAGAACUCGAGAGAAGAGUUCAGUCCUUGCAGACAGAGGGGAUAGAAGUUACUGCUGAAAUGGAUUUUCUUGGUCAGCAAAAUAUCAUGUUAGACCUGGAAAAUAAAGCCUUGAAGCAACGGCUUGAGAGUCUAUCUCAAGAGCAUCUUAUUAAACGCUACCAGCAAGAGAUGUUUGAGCGGGAAAUUGGUCGUCUUAGAUCAUUGUUCCAGCAGCAGCAGCAGCAGCAGCAACAGCAUGUACCACAGCAGCAGGCUCCUACCCACAGCCACAGUAGCAGCAGAGACCUCGAUUCACAAUUCGCAAACCUGUCUCUGAAACACAGCGAUCCCAAUUCCGGGCGCGAUGCUGUCUCUGGCCUUCGUAUUUAAGAUUAUUUUUUUCCAGCUUGGUUAUCUGAGCUUCACAUCUUGCUUCCCUUGUUACACCACUCUUUGUGGCUGUUGCAUCAAGAGAGGAGCAGCACCAGUGAACCUGGAAUCACAGCCCAUGGUGAAUAAAGCUGGAAAGGUUAAUAACUGUGGAUCCAAUCUUUAGUUCUUUCGGAAUGCGCACCUGAUGGUCAUCCUUAGUUCCUGUCCAUUGUUGACGCUUGACCAGUCGGAGGUGUUUAGGGUCUAUACGCAGAUUGAUGCCUUUCAUGGAUCCUUGUAUCAGUUUGAAGUUAGAACACUAAGGUUCUAAUUCAUUCCUUUUUAGUUGAUUCUGUUCUUGAGUUUAGGCACCAUGUGGUGCUUGUAUUAGUUAGCUUGGCACAUGAAUGGAAUGUGAGCUGGUCGUCUUUUGGUUAAUGCCACAUCCUGGAGAACUGUUGUGCCAGCAUGUUUAAUAAGCUAGUGAGGAUGAAGCGUUGUAGUUCAGAUUCAUUUCAUUUGUGAUAUGCAGAACAAGAUAUUGGAUACUCA